GGGUGAGAAGGCUCCGCGCCGGUAAAGGGGCCGCCCGAGCGCGGUCCGAGCCAUCUACUGCUGCCGGCCCCCCGUCCCUCCAGACUCGCCGCCCGCCCCUUCGCCGCCCGCCGCCCCCAAGCUGGUUUCAUGGCAGCCGCGAAGAAAGCAGUUUUGGGGCCGUUGGUGGGAGCAGUGGACCAGGGCACCAGCUCGACGCGCUUUUUGGUUUUCAAUUCAAAAACAGCCGAACUACUUAGUCAUCAUCAAGUGGAAAUAAAACAAGAGUUUCCAAGAGAAGGAUGGGUGGAGCAGGACCCUAAGGAAAUUCUGCAUUCUGUCUAUGAGUGUAUAGAGAAAACGUGUGAGAAACUUGGACAGCUCAAUAUUGAUAUUUCCAACAUAAAAGCUAUUGGUGUCAGUAACCAGAGGGAAACCACUGUAGUCUGGGACAAGUUAACUGGAGAGCCUCUCUACAAUGCUGUGGUGUGGCUUGACCUAAGAACCCAGUCUACCGUUGAGAGUCUUAGUAAAAGAAUUCCAGGAAAUAAUAACUUUGUCAAGUCCAAGACAGGCCUUCCACUUAGCACUUAUUUCAGUGCAGUGAAACUUCGUUGGCUCCUUGACAAUGUGAGAAAAGUUCAAAAGGCAGUUGAAGAAGAUAGAGCUCUUUUUGGGACCGUUGAUUCAUGGCUUAUUUGGAGCUUGACAGGAGGAGCCAGUGGAGGUGUCCAUUGUACAGAUGUAACAAAUGCAAGCAGGACGAUGCUUUUCAACAUCCAUUCUUUGGAAUGGGAUAAAGAGCUCUGCGAAUUUUUUGAAAUUCCAAUGAAAAUUCUUCCAAAUGUCCGGAGUUCUUCUGAGAUCUAUGGCCUAAUGAAAAUCUCUCAUAGUCUGAAAGCUGGGGCCUUGGAAGGUGUACCAAUAUCUGGGUGUUUGGGGGACCAAUCUGCUGCAUUGGUGGGACAAAUGUGCUUCCAGGAUGGACAAGCCAAAAACACGUAUGGAACAGGCUGUUUCUUACUAUGUAAUACAGGCCGUAAGUGUGUAUUUUCUGAACAUGGCCUUCUGACCACAGUGGCUUACAAACUCGGCAGAGACAAACCAGUGUAUUAUGCAUUAGAAGGUUCCGUAGCUAUAGCCGGUGCUGUUAUUCGCUGGCUAAGGGACAAUCUUGGAAUUAUAAAGACCUCUGAGGAAAUUGAGAAACUUGCUAAAGAAGUAGGUACUUCUUAUGGCUGCUAUUUCGUCCCAGCAUUUUCAGGACUAUAUGCACCUUAUUGGGAGCCCAGUGCAAGAGGGAUCAUCUGUGGGCUCACUCAGUUCACCAAUAAAUGCCAUAUUGCUUUUGCUGCAUUAGAAGCUGUUUGUUUCCAAACUCGAGAGAUUUUGGACGCCAUGAACCGCGACUGUGGAAUUCCGCUCAGCCAUUUGCAGGUAGAUGGAGGAAUGACCAACAACAAAAUUCUGAUGCAGCUACAAGCAGACAUUCUGUAUAUCCCAGUAGUGAAGCCCUCGAUGCCUGAAACAACUGCCCUGGGAGCUGCCAUGGCAGCAGGGGCUGCAGAAGGGGUUGGUGUUUGGAGUCUGGAACCUGAGGACUUGUCAGCUGUCACAAUGGAGCGGUUUGAACCUCAGAUCAAUGCUGAGGAAAGUGAAAUUCGUUAUUCUACGUGGAAGAAAGCUGUGAUGAAGUCAAUGGGUUGGGUUACAACUCAGUCUUCAGAAAGUGGUGACCCUAGUAUCUUCUGUAGUCUACCCUUGGGCUUUUUUAUAGUGAGUAGCAUGGUAAUGUUAAUCGGAGCAAGGUACCUCUCAGGUAUGCCAUAAAUACUACCAACUCAUGGAUUCCAAAGAUGCGAGCUCUUUACCUAUCGAGAGAAUCCAGUGAUUCUGUCUAUUAAUGUGAUGACACUACUCAUAGACUCUGAUUUUAUUUAUAAGCCACUAGCUGCAUGACACUCCAAGUAGACCUGUGGCUUGAAAUAAAGAAAAUGCAGCAGAAAGAAUGCUAUAGAAACAUUUGGUGUGUUUCCUGACAUCGGUAGUUAAGAUUGGACCAGCCACCUUUGGGGCUGACCCACUCCUUUGCCAUCAUUUCCUGCCUCAUUCCCUCUAAGAUCUAGGAAUAAUUCAGAUCCUGUCCAUUGGAAUCUUUUAUCACAUGUAUUCAAACUCUGAUGGGCCAGGAUUUGAUUGCUGAGCUACACAUGCUUGAUUAAGGGGCUGUUACUAAUGGGCUAAAAAUUGGUGACCUUUUGUUUGCUUCUUUUUAACAGACCCCCCUACCCAAAGUCCUCUUUUCUGCAUAUUAGGGAGACCACAGUAUCUUCACUGAAUGUUUAAAUGGAAGCCUCUACUAAAUUCUUAAAAUGGAAAUUUAGUACCCUCAUUGCUUAGGUAUUUCUCUGAAAAGUAUUUGCCAAAACUGAAAAUUCUUCAUAUAUUGUAUUUAACGUGGUCUCACUAAUUACACUGAAUUGCUAUCUGGAUCUUAUAGGGAAGGACACUUUCCUUUUUUUUUUCCUUUCAUCUCUCCUUUUUAUAUAUUUUUUUACUUUGUAUGUCUAACAUACAUGCCCAUAUAUUUUAUAUACCGAGGGUAGCCCAUUUAUAAAAAGAGUAUGUGUUCUCACUAAUUACACUGAAUUUCUGUCUGGAUCUUAUAGGGAACAACACUUUCUUUUUUUUCUUUUUGUCUCUCCUUUUUAUAUUUCUUACUUUGUAUGUGUAACAUACAUGCCUUUAUAUUUUAUAUACUGAGGGUAGCCCAUUUAUAAACUAAGAGCACAUUGUAUUCGGUAGGUUAUAAUGGGGCUGGUCUUAAGUGGACCUCUAUGUGUAUAAAUAUUUUGGAGAAAACAGCUGUAUACAUUUUUGGGCAAUGGUUAUGCAUAUUAUUUACCGGGAGAAACUUUUUCUUAAAG